GGGAAGGCUGUUACUCGGCAGCCAGCGUCACGCUCAGAAACAGACUAUUUUAAAAAAAAGCAAAGAAUCUGAGAAAUCGACUCUAAUCAGCGUUUUGAAGAGAGGCUGGCGAGGAGAGCUUGUGUAGAGAUGGGAAUGAUCGCGGGAAUUUAAUAUGCUGCCUGAAAUACCCAGCUUGUGACUGAGGGGGGAUAAAUGGCGUCUAAAGUGACAGAUGCUAUAGUGUGGUAUCAAAAGAAGAUUGGUGCCUAUGAUCAACAGAUAUGGGAAAAAUCUGUGGAACAACGAGAGAUAAAGGGCAUGAAGAACAAACCAAAGAAAACAGGCCAUGUAAAGCCAGACCUCAUAGACGUUGAUCUUGUAAGGGGAUCUGCUUUUGCUAAAGCAAAACCAGAAAGUCCCUGGACCUCAUUAACGAGAAAAGGAAUUGUGAGAGUUGUGUUCUUUCCGUUCUUCUUCAAAUGGUGGAUUCAAGUGACCUCAAAAUGCAUCUUUUCCUGGCUGCUUAUUUUAUACCUCCUUCAAGUUACAGCAAUCGUGUUGUUUUGCACAUCUGAAGUUACACAUAGCGUACCAUACACCGAAGUAUUUGGGUCUAUUUGGUUGAUGUUACUGCUUGGAACAGUACAUUGCCAGAUUGUGUCAACGCAUACACCCAAACCUGCAGCAAGUAGUGGGGGCAAACGAAGAAGGAAGCUGAGGAAAGCAGCUCAUCUCGAAGUACACCGAGAAGGAGAGGGCUCUAGCACUACAGAUAAUACACAGGAGGUGCACCACCAGUUUGGCACAGGGACCAGUUAUAAUGUUGGUGAAAUCUUCCGAAGCAUUUGGAAUGCUCUUUCUUUUCCGGGGUCAAAAAAGAUCAAGCAAUCAAUUGACAAAUCAACAGAAACCGAUAAUGGCUAUGUUUCUCUGGAUGGAAGAAUGAGUACCAAAAGCCGUGAAGAUGGAAGAUUACCUCAUGAUGCUCACUGUGAAGUAACUGGAUCUGAAGAGUACAACUUGUCUCUAGGAGCAGGAAGAAAUUCACAUACUCCUCUAAAUCAUAAAGAAGCAGCUAAAGCAGUUGUAAAUGUAUCAGAUGAUGUUUCAAGUGAUGAAGAUGGAGAAGGUGGAUUCCAAUCAUUCCCUCAGCGUCGCAGUGGUGAACGAAUUUCAAGUGACUGUGUGUUACGGAACAGAAAAUCUCACCAAUACAAAAGACACUACAUUGCUGAGGAGACUGUUAAAUCUGCCACAAGUUGCAGUUCACGAAGUUCACGACAAGAUUCAGAAAGCACACGGCAUGAAUCAGAAACUGAAGAUGUUUUAUGGGAAGACCUACUGCAGUGUGCGGAAUGCCGUACUUCCUGCACCAGUGAGACUGAAGGAGAUAAUGCCCACUUGAAUUCCUCUGGGAAAAAGGAAUACCGCGAUGAUCCAUUUCACCUGAAUCAUUUGCCAUGGCUUCAUAGUUCCAGUAUAAGCUUGGAAAGAGUAAGUGCAAUUGUCUGGGAAUGCAACGAAUGCAAGAAAGCGGAUAUGUCUGUGAUGGAAAUCAGUGGCAUGAUCAUGAAAAGAGUUAACAGCUAUAAGCAAGGUAUUGGUUACCAGCUCUUUGGAAACGUCGUUUCUCUGAUUCUUGCCAUCACUCCAGUUUUGUUCAGACUCUUUCAGCAGAAGGAUAUCGAGCAACUAUCAUCACUCUCUGCUGCCGAACUCUUUUUUAUUGCAUUUGGUUCAAAUGUAAAUCGAACUGUUAUCAUGGUCGCCUUAAGCUUUGUGGUGCGUGUGUGCCUGAUGUGGAUCUUUUUCUUUAUGUUGUGUGUAGCUGAGAGAACAUAUAAACAGAGAUUGCUAUUUGCCAAACUCUUUGGCCAUUUAACCUCAGCAAGACGGGCCAGAAAAUCUGAAGUUCCACAUUUUCGUCUCAAGAAGGUGCAAAAUAUAAAAAUCUGGCUUUCAUUACGUUCAUAUCUCAAGAGACGAGGUCCACAGCGAUCAGUAGAUGUAAUUGUUUCGUCUGCAUUCUUGUUGACCCUGUCUGUGGUAUUUAUUUGCUGUGCACAGUUGCUUCAUAUCCAUGAAACUUUUCUAGAUUUUCACUACAAUUGGGAGUUGGUGAUCUGGUGUAUCUCAUUAACACUAUAUCUAUUGAGAUUUGUCAUGCUUGGAUCUGAGACAAAUAACAAGUACAGCAAUACCUCGAUAUUACUGACAGAACAGAUUAAUUUAUACUUGAAGAUGGAAAAGAAACCUAACAAAAAGGAAGAGCUCAACUUGGUGAAUAAUGUUUUGAAGCUUGCAACAAAGUUGCUGAAGGAGCUGGACACCCCUUUCAGAUUAUAUGGACUGACAAUGAAUCCGCUGCUGUACAACAUCACCCAGGUGGUGAUCCUUUCAGCUGUGUCUGGUGUGAUUAGUGACCUUUUGGGCUUUAACCUAAAGCUCUGGAAAAUAAAGUCCUGAUAAGGUGUAAAAUAUCAUUGAAACACAGCAACCCAGGGAAAUCAGGCACCUGUCUCACAGCUGACUAUUCCACUUUGGACAUAUGGAAUUGCUUACAUUUGGAAAAAUUGUGCAAUUUAUAUUUUAUUUUUGUUAUGUGUUUCACUUUUUAAUGUUGUGUUUCACUGUUUUUGCACUUAUUUAGUUAUCAAAUUAUUUUGAUUUAUAAGUAUUACUUUGUGGUCAAUUUUUAUUCAGUAUGUAGCAAAUAAAAUACUUUUGAUAUAUUCUCAUUACAGCAAUAAAGCUUUAUGCCUCCCUCAGUGGAAGGUGUUUUAAUAGAAGCAACUUUAAAAUUAGCAAGAAAUGUAUUUAUUCAAACAAUGGACCGUUAUCAUAGCUGCACCUCUGAUGGUUGUUUUACUAGGGAAGUGAUAUCUACUUAACUAGUGGUAUUUGUUUAUUCUGAUCUGGAUGGAAACGUAUGUUUGAUAAAGACUGAAGUGCAUUUUGAUAAGUGAAAGAAUGUAUUAUUGCAGAUUUAAGGACAAAUAAUCUGUUAAACUAAAAGUGGUGGUACUUUCAUUAUAUGCCUUUGAGGGCAUUGAAAUCUGGUUCAGUGCAGUAUAUUUGGUUUAGCAUAUAUGGCAGGUAAUGGCAAUGUGUAUGCAAAGUAAUAUCAACUACAAAACAAAAAUUUUGUCUGGUAAAUAGGAGGUAUAACUGGCAUUUACCUUUGAAGGAAUAAAUAUUUUGUGACUGACAAUUGAGAAAAGUUCUCCAUAAUUGUAUCUGAAAUUUAUCACUUCCUAUUUGCUUGUAUAUUGUUUAUUUCUAUAAUGCAGAUACUUUUAUGGCAAGGUUCAAAUAAGAACUAGUUAUCAAUUCAAGUUGUGUAUUUAAUAUUUUAUAUUUAAUGCAUGUAUUGGAACUGAACUUGCAUUUUUCCAAUCAAAACUUUUUUGUAUAAUCUUUACAAAAAUGAAGAAUUGAAUGUACUGAACUGAAGAAUAUUUUUGUGCUAUUUGUGGAAUAAAUAGGAGG